AUGUGCGGCUUCGACUUGACUGAGGCUCACCACAACUUAAUGGCAUCCCUGACAAGCUACCAGCGACAACCAGCGGUCUGGGAAACAAACCUUUUCCGCUACGCGCCCGGAUUCAUUGUGGAAACCAGGAAUAUUGCUACCUUGGCUGAAGCAUGCAAAUUGUAUCUUCGCGACUCCAUUUAUGACACCUCGAGUAUUGGCUCAUACAUCAAGACUGGGGCAAUUGAGGCAGCUAUGGGUCUCGCCAUGUUUGCCAAGGGCUCUUGGGCAAGCGACAGCAUUGAUGCACUGCACAACAAGGGCAAGCAGUGGUGGAUUCUGACCAAAACCCACGGUGAGGGUAUCCUUGCGUGUCGAAACAGGAAAGCCCGGGAUCAAGUCUUCGAAGUCGUCUAUUACAAGCCGGGAAAUGAUAACUCAGCUGAUCACGGAAGAGAUCCGAAAAACGGGUUCGCCACCUAG